UUGAGAAAAACCCCAGCCAUUUGGUUUUGAAGCAGCAAAUCCUGGGCUGCUUCAAUGCAAGCCCUUGAUCUCCCAUGUAACCCUUCUCGCCGGCCCGAUCCCUCCGCCAUGCCGGAGCAUUACUCGCCGAUCCACUCCCCGGACCACCACUCGCUCGAAAACAACACCGAGGGUAAGAGUAUCAAGGAGAAUUAUGUGAAGUCUGCGAAUGAUAAUAAUGGUAAUAGUAAUGUAGUAACUAGGAGGGAGAGGCCGUCGAGGGCAUGUACGGAAAGGGCGGGCGCGAAGCUGCAGGCUGCAGCUGAGGCGGAGGCAGAGAGGAAAAAGAAGAGGAGGGAGAAAUUAACUGCGAGGUUGUUGAAGAAUGAGUCCGAGGAGGAGGAUGGCUAUAGGGAUAGUGACGAGGAGGAGAACGGAGAGGAGGAUGGCUCUAAUUCGUUGACACAUUUGCAGAGUAGUAGGGCAAUUACGCCACUGCUCGGAGAGCCAGAGGCCUCGCAGCUGCCUCGGUGGAACACACGCUCCAUGUGGCAGUUGGCUUCUAUUCUCAAUUUUUUGAAUGUAUUUAGGCCUCUAUUGAAUGUUAAAAUGGAGUUUUCAGCGGAGGAGUUUGAGACGGCCUUGAUUAUUCCGAAUAAUACUUUGGCUGAGAUACAUAUGCCAAUGUUAAAGAGGAAGGAGAAACUGUUAAAGAAGCAACAUAGACAAGCACUUAUGCUUGAUAACAUGAUUGGCAUGGAUGCCAUUGCUGCCGGACGCUCUCUCCGUGAUAGAAAACCUGUGACUUAUACUUUCGACGAUUAUGAUCGCUCAAUAAAUGAAGCUAUAAAGGUCACCAAACAGAACAAACAAUCUCCCGAACAUUUUGAUGGAGGAGAUCCUCCCAUGAAACAUGAACUGUCUAGAAAUGGUAGAUUGGAUGUCACAUCACAACACUCUCAAAACCUCACUUUCAGUGCCGUUUCUCCUAUUUCUCCUUAUGAAGAUGAUGUUGAUGACGACGACGAUGACGAGGGAGAGUUUUAUGAAGAUCACAAAACUGAAACAUUGGACCGGAGUGAUCGCCGGAAGCAAAGGCAUGAACGUUAUUCAGUGAAAGACUACGUAGAAGCAGUCUCAGAUAUUGAGGCUGAUUUUGACAGUGAUGAUGACAUAGUUGGUGAAGUGGUUUAUGAUGAUGAAUAUCUUAAAAGACGGAAGCGAAGGAAGAUGUCAAGUAGCUCUGAAGGCGAUGAGGAGUACCACUGGGACGAAGAAAAUCAUGAAGAGGAGGAAGAGGAAGAAGAAGAUGAUAUAUUGAGUUCCAGUGAGGAUAGUGAUGCGCCACGCCAUACGAAAGCAUUGCCAGGCCGAACUAGGAGAGAAACAAAACUUAGGUCAGUUGGUGACCUAAAGUCAGGUCUCAGGCGAAGUAAAAUGGCCACCAGAAAUCGCAUUAACUAUAAACAAUAUGAGAUGUCUGAAUCUGACAAUGAUCAAACAAAAACUGAGAAAUCAAAUGUGCCAAACGAGCCCUCAUACUCAAAUGGUGGCGCAGAGUUCUCAACCGGUAUGCAAGAUUCUGAUGAGAAAAUCAGUAACCAGGAGGAUGUCCAUGCCGAUCAGCUUAUUGAGGUGCAGCAAUCCGAGGUGGUCGAGGAAAAGCCACCCAUUCCACCAGAACAAGAGAACCACGGAGAUGAAGAUGUUGAAAUGGUGAGCCAAAGAGGUUUUCUUGAUCUAAACGAACUUGCUCCGGGUUCUGGGUGUGAUGAUGGUCCCAACUCAGUGAGAGAUGACGACAGAGAUGGCUUUUGAACAUCCAUUCUACCAAAAUGUGAGGAGUAACAAGUUUUACCCUGGUGAAGCUGAUGCUUUCUGAUUGAUAAUAUCUACAUUUGUGGCAACCCAUGCCGACUAUUAGAGAGUUCUCACUCGCCAAAACUCAACUGAUAUCCCUCGUGCAGUUUAUCUUUUCCUGCUGGGAGUUGCUUUUUGCUGAGAAGAUGGUGUAGACUAAGUCAGUUCUACAGUAUGUUUUACAUUUAAGAAAGAAAAAAGCAGGAUGUGAUAUGGAUGGGAAACUCUGUUGGGAGUUCUUACUCCUCUGAUGAGAUGUUGUACAAUAACUUAACUAAAAUUUGCAACAAAAAAAUCACUUUUUUAGA